AAUUUACUUCUCAUGGAAAACCAAAGUUAAACAUCAGCAGAAAAGCAAGUGCAAGAGACAUUCAUGAGAAGCGAUUCAACGAUUGAAAACAAGAAUUUUUUUUCCCGCAGCGAAUUUAAAGAUUAGCUUCAAUUCCUUAAAAUGCGAUUCGUUCAGUUCAGGUUCCUCAAAGAUACGAUCAAAGCAACAAGAAUUGGCCUUCAAAAAAAGAGUGGUGGUAUAGUGGAUCUCAGUGAUGCACUACCCAAUUGUCAUUCUAUGGUAGACGCUUUGACGAAAUUAGGCGGAAAUGGCCUGAUUGAAAUAGCAAGAAAAAAUUUAGCAAAUAAAGAGACCAGCAGCAGCAAGUGCCAAUUGCUAGCUCCCAUCACAUCACCAGACAAGAUUUUCUGCAUUGGCCUGAAUUACAAAGAUACAUGUAAAGAAUUGGGAUUCACACCCCCAGAGGAACCUCUAGUUUUCUCCAAGUUCUCCAGUUCAAUAACUGGCCCUUUUGACAACAUAGAUCAUCCAGAUAUCUCAAAGGAGGUAUUUUGGGAAGCAGAACUAGCUGUUGUAAUAGGGAAAAAAGGGAAAAAUCUUGACGCCACAACAGCAAAAGAUUGCGUCUUCGGUUAUACAGUUGCAAACGAUAUUACUGCACUCGAUUGGCACAAAAAAAACGGUGGUCAGUGGCUUUUAGGCAAAACAAUGGACGGCUUUUGUCCAAUUGGACCAAGCAUUUUGACAGCUGACAAGAUUGCUGAUCCACACAAGCUGGCCAUUUCAUGCCGUGUCAACGGUCAAAUCAAGCAAACUAGCAACACUCAUCAGUUAAUACAUGGAGUUUACGGCUGCAUCGCCUUUUUGUCCAAGUUUUGCACCCUUCUUCCUGGUGAUAUCGUCCUAACUGGAACACCCCCUGGAUGCGGUGGAUUUACAAACCCUCCCCAAUUCCUAAAGAAAGGGGACGUCGUAGAAUGCGAAGUUGAACAAUUAGGGAUCAUCCGAAACCAAAUUGUUUAAGACCUGCCUACCUUCGUUGUCUAGUAUUCAAAUAUACCAAUUUCAGAAUCGUG